AUGAUCUUCGGUUUCACACUCGCUGCUAAAGGUGGAGUGGUUGUUUCUCCGGCAGUAGUGACCUCCAAUUGGUAUAAAUCAUACUCUGAAGCAGAUUAUCGGAUCUCUUUCCCAGAUUCGCCUCAUUAUAACAGAUAUAAGUCUUUCGAGAGUGGUUCGGAUGUGACUCUUCGCAAGAACGUAGGUCCUAGACCAGGCAUUCCUGCCUCAUCCCCAUACGUUGAGCUUACUAGAGUUCUUCGUCCUAUAAUAUAUGCAACAUGUCUACGUACUUGCAAGAGAAUUUGGGAGCUUGGAUCACAAAUAUUAUAUGCAGAAAAUGCUUACAGCUUCAAGAUGAACGGUACGGAGAUUACCGACAGUCCACCAACUUUGAUGUUUGAGGGCAGCAACUAUCACUGGCCAAGUCCUGAAAACCCUAUCUUGUCCCAGGAGAGUAUCUUGAAUGGUUCAACGGACAAAGAAUUGUCAGCUAGAGAAUAUGAAUCUAAAAUCGAACAUGUCAUCAAUCAACUUGAGAGGUGCGUCCCAAUUCUUGAGUUGGAGGGCUGGGUUUAUUACGAUCCAUUCAUCCGAUUUCUCUACACAAUAGAACCGCAAAGCAGAGCUUCAAUUCGCACUUUACGAUUCACAGGCGCCCCAAAAACCCACGUGCGAGAAGAUCAGGGAUGCGAUUGUCACGGUGUAGAUCUGUUAUCCAACAUGCGUAUAUACAUCCCCUUUAUCAACAAAUUUUGUACAGGCAUAAAGAAACUUGUACUAGAUAUGGAUAUAGAUUGUUGCGUACAUAUGGGUAGUGUAGGAAACGUUGUAAGAAGCUUCGAUGAAGUCUUGAUGCCGUUUUUGGGCGAACUUGAGAAACUUCAAAGAGUUCGCACUCUGGCGAUGAAACGGAGAGUAUCUCCAAAGGGCAACUUUUAUAGAAGAGUACUCUAUAAGGAUAUUGAUUAUACCAAAGAUACGAUCAAUUCUUCCAGAAGCAGGGUCGAAAAUAAAGUAUGA